AUGCUGUGCAAUAAAGGUGCCUCACUUACCGUACAUGCGACUGUUCCAUGUCCGAUGAGGUGCAACAUGUGCGUGAGACCAAGUGAAUGCUGGCGUGGUGUCACUCCUGAAAUAAGAAUUGAGGCAUGCAAGGGAGGAUGGAUAGAAGACGACAAAACUCCUUACAACGGAGCCGCACAUUCUGGAUGUGAACUCAUGCUGGGAGCACCGCACACAGCGUCGACAGAGACCAUUAUUUCCUAA